GGCUGAGCUCUGCAGCUAAGGGAGGCCCCGUGGUUGUGUGCGCUGCGCUAUGCGCGCCGCUGUCGCGAUCUGUGAGGAGAGUGCAGGCGAAGUCGGACGCCGUGACAUGGCCUCAGUGAGCUUUGAGGACGUGGCUGUGCACUUCACCCAGGAAGAGUGGGCUUUGCUGGAUCCUUCCCAGAAGAGUCUGUACAGAGAUGUGAUGCAGGAGACCUGCAGGAACCUGGCUGCGAUAGGAAACAAAUGGGAAGAGGAGAAUGUUGAAGACUGUUAUAAAAUUCCUGGAAGAAAUCUAAGAAGUUCCAUGUUAGAGACCCCACAUGAGAAUACAGGAGAUGGUCAGGAUGAAGAAACCGUGAUGUGGAUAGCAGAUCUCCAUACAAGCAUGGCAGUUUUUCCUGAACUAACACAAUGUGAAUCCGAUAUGUGCGGAAAGAUUUCCAUGUGUCCUUCAUCUUCUCGUAGGCAUGCCACAUCUCACUCUCAUUAUAAACCACAUGAUCAUGAGGAAUGUGGAGGCAAUCAAUAUGACUUGAAUUCUCUCACCAGCUUUCAAAGGUGUAUGGGAGCUCACACUGGGAAUGGGCCUUGUGAAUGUGAGGUAUGUUUAAAAGCUUUCUGUUUUCCAAAUUCAUUAGGAAUACAUCAAGAGGCUCACAGUGGAAAAACACCAUAUCAAUACAAGGAAUGUGGGAAGGCCUCUCUUUAUACACACAGAGGAACACACACUAUGGGAAAGCUUUAUGAAUGCAAUAUAUGUGGUAAAGCUUUGAGUUCUUCUACUUCCCUUCAAAGACAUGAAACAAUUCACACUGAAAGACUCUAUGAAUGUACAUAUUGUGGUAAAGGCUUUAAAUAUCCCAAGUAUCUUCGAUUACAUGAAAGAAUUCAUACUGGAGAGAAACCCUAUAAAUGUAAACAGUGUGGUAAAGCCUUUAGAUUUCCUGGUGCCUUGCCGCUACAUGAAAAAAUUCAUACUGGAGAAAAACCCUAUGAAUGUAAACAAUGUGGUAAAGCCUUUAGAUUUCCUGGUUCCUUGCCAUUACAUGAAAAAAUUCAUACUGGGGAAAAGCCUUAUGAAUGUAAACAGUGUGGUAAAGCUUUUAGGCGUCACUAUCAUCUUCAGUUACAUGAAAAAAUUCAUACUGGAGAAAAACCCUAUGAAUGUAAACAAUGUGGAAAAGCCUUCAGACGGCACAGUCAUCUUCAGAGACAUGAACGAACUCAUGCUCGAGAGAAACCCUGAGUGUAGAUAAUGUGCCAAAGCCUUUACACUUCACAGUGAUCUUCUGUCACAUAGAAGAAUUCAUACUGGGGAAAACAAAUGCUGUGGGUGUAAACAGUGCUGGAAAACCUUUAGGUUUCAUGAGUCCUUGCAAUUACAUGAAAUCAAUCAUACUAGAUGCAAACCUAUGAAGUAAACACUGUAGUGAAGCCUUUAGACAGUCACUUCAGCUUCAUAAAGAAAUGUAUACUGGAGAAAGCUGUGUGACUGUGGACAUUGUGCUGAGGCUCUUAGAUGUUUACACUUGGUAGUUACAAAAAAAAAAAAAAACUCAUUCUGGAAGAAAAUCCUCUGAAUGUAAAUAGUAUGGCUAAAAGGUCACAUAUCACAGUGUUCUUCAGACAUGGGUUCUUCAGAUGUAACCCAUAUGUGAGAAAAACCCUAUAAAUGUAAAAUAUAUACAUAUAUAAAUCCUUUGUAUAGAACAGAUCUCUUCAGUUCUUUCAUACUCAAUAAAACCUCCAAGGAUGUGAACAGUGUGGUAAAGGCAUCAUCUAUCACAGUUUCAGAGACAGUGUUGUGUGGAGUGAUGUGAAAAAUAUUUACUUACCUCAGACAGGAACCAAAAAAUGAUUCUUCCAGAGCCCAAUUUGUUCUUGGUUUUUUGUUGUUAUUGUUGUUGUUUUUGAGACAGGGUUUCUCAGUAUAGCUUUGGAGCCUGUCCUGGAUUUUGCUCUGUAGACCAGGCUGGCCUCGAACUCACAGAGAUCUGCCUGGCUCUGCUAGAAUUAAAGGUGUGUGCCACCACAGCCCGGCCCCAGAGCCUAACUUGAUAAGCUAAUGAUUUUAUUAGGGUUACUUAUAGGACCACGGAGAACUCUCAAGCAGAUACAUCACCAAACCACCCACGCCAGCUUGAGUGUUGAUUACAGCCCUGUAAACCUGCACAACUUGAAGGCCACUUGGCUGUUCAGAAAGUCUCUUCUCUCGGCAGUUGUUAACUGUUCCAUAAUCUUGGGGAGGUACUCUGAAUGUUUUAAGCUUUAGCUUUCUGGGACUUACAAGUUAAUUUGUUUACUUCCUGAAUCCAGUGCCUCCUCUUCCUUCCUAGGAGAAUGUUUCAAUUCAGAGGAUAUGGCUGGACAGCAAUUCACCCCUUCCUGUGACUCUUAACUUUUUUUUUAAAUUACUUUUUGAGUCUCUGAGGUGUACCAUCAUUGUAAAAGGAUGUUUGCUCCCAGGAUGAACUGAGAGAACAGUAGCAGUGGUCCAUGUGCAUAAUCGUGGACGUUUAUGAGGCACUUUGUCAGACACGUCACCUCCAUCCAUUAAAACAGUAGCAGUUGCUUUGCAGCUGGGGCCUGUGAAGUCUCCAGCCAUAGGACUUUGCCCUGGCUUAUGGUACCAGACAUGAAUUUCCUCCUGUAGAGUUUCAUUCAAUCCAAUGGGAAAGCUUGUUGUUGUACCCAUAGUAGUCAUGCCAUUUUUGCACCGGCAAGCAGAGCAUGCCUAGCAUUUUGGCACCAUAACACACAGGUUCUACAGCUGAGCAACACUGUUAGUGAAAAUUCAUUCUCUACAACCUGUAUAUAACACUCGUCACUAUGGAAGAUAGUCAGAAUGGAGGAAACCUCUUGCUUAGCUCCAUGCUGUUUUUUCAUGUCCCCUGUGGGAGACCAGCUCCCGCCUUCUCCAUGGUCCAUAUGAGAAGGAGAGAGGGAUAAGAUAGACAGAAAGAUAUCGAAGAGGAGAAAGACAGAAACACAGUAUAGCUUCGGGGGGACCUGAGUCAAAACCCAA